AGUACCGUUAACUAAAACGAUGUGAAGGGAAUCCGCACCGCAAAGGCAAAACAGCCAAAACGUUUUCCCUUUCAUGCUCUCUACCGAGACCCGCGGGCCGCCGCUGGCCGGAGAUACUUUGGGGUCGAAGCUGUUCUUUUCGCCGCCAUGUCUUGAAUUUUCCGUUAGGUAUUAAUUGUUCGUUGCAUCCCUCGCCUUCGCUGAGUUAUUAGCGAGAAACAAAGAAAAAUCCAACUAAAACCCCUUUUUCUCCCUUUUCGCCUCUUCCCAUUGUCUCUACAACCUUCUCCUUCCUUCUUUUCUCUCCCUUUAAAGUGCUUUAUGAAGGAAGAUAUUGAGAAGAGAGUGUGAUUGUUUUGAUCUGGCUCGCUAUCAUGGUUUGGUCUCCUCAAUUUGCCGCCAAUGCCUACCUUGACACGGUUAAGCUGUGUAAAGAUGUGAAGGAGUCUAACAGCCCAAUUGAACCAGAAAGCACUCAGUUCCUAUCAGCUUUGGCUGCGGGCAUGAGUGCUCAACACAUUGUUGAAGUAUCUCCACAAGCAUCUCAAUCAACAGUUGCACUUGCUGUAGCUGCUCGGCAAACCGGCGGCCGGCUUGUUUGCAUUCUCCCACAGUCAGAGUCUCUGGUUGAAUCAAAACAGGUCAUCGAGGAUUCCGGCCUCACCGACAUCGUCGAGUUCAAAGUAGGAGAUCCCUAUAAGCUAUUGCCCGAGUGCGAGAAUGUCGACUUCUCUGUAGUGGACUGCAAGUCUGAAUCCUACACAGGCUUGCUCAAACUGCUUGAUAUGAAUCCUGCCAAGUCUGUUGUGGUUGCCAAUAACUUGCUAGGUGAAAAAUCAGGCUUGGGAGGGGAAUGGAGGUCUUUACAGGACAAAAGUGCUGUAAGGUCUGCAAAGCAUCCUAUAGGGAAGGGAAUGGAAGUGACAAUGAUAGGGAAGAGUGCCGAAUUCGUCAUGAAGGAUUCGAAGGGUUUACGGCAGGAGAGGAAGGUAAGAGGAGCUUCGAGGAGGCGGUCGAGGAGCAAGAGUGCAUGGGUGACGAAAGUUGAUGAGGUAAGUGGUGAGGAACAUCUCUUCAGAAUUCCACAGUCUAUCUAACUUUAUCUGAGCUAAUAUGCAUAUGUUAACAUAAGAGUUAAAAAGGUCAUAUAAUUUGUUUUUGCCUCAGCUAAAGCACUUAAAAAAUUUUAUCUGAAAAUAGAGGAUCAAUGAAAGAUAGGAAAGCAAGUUCUUGGCUUUUCACCACCAUUGUCUUCUAUUUGAUGAUCUUCUUGUGUUAGUAUUUGGUUGGGGACUAAAGUUUAAAUUCAGCUAUGUCCUAAUGAUUUCAUGUUGAGAUGGAUCAUAUAAUAAUAAUAUUCUCUUGCUGAUUCAAACUGUAAUAGAGGGAGGAACUGAUUCCAUAUCUCUGGAGGGUUCUCUUCUAGAGGGUAAGAAGUGCCUAGUUUUUUUGUAGAUUUUCUUUUCUCAUGUUGGGGAAGGCAACUAUUAAUGCAUGGAGUUGUUUUUA